CGACAGAAAUUUAUGAACCGUUUAAUGCCGGUAUGGGCUUAUCACUCCACCAACCAACAUAUAAUUCUGGCCGGUUAUUUCCAAUGAAGCUUCUACAAACGCUCUGCCUCUUAUCAGUAGCUACACUGCUCAGAAGUGCUGCAACACCAAAGAGGUUGAAUCCUUACGAUGACAGGUGCAGUGUCCGUUUCUCUGAGUCCAAAGCAGAAGACUGCGCUUCGGUGGGGUAUUACUUUGACAGACAAUCCAAGCUUUGCAAGCGCACUUGUACCGACGACGCGCCAUUUGAAUCAAGUUCAAAAUGCAGCAGGAGAUGCAGAAGUGUUGUCGUCUGCUUCAUUCCACGGCGUCCUCAUAGCUGUGGCGAUGUUCCAACGGUCACUGUGUACUAUUUUGACAUCAAUAAAGGACGCUGUCUUGCCGAGAGAGGAUGCACAUACAACGGAAACAACUUUCCUACUUUAGGGGAGUGCGAACGCACUUGCGGUGUAAAACCUGGAGAAGAAACAACUGGUACCCAAUUCGGCGCAAGAGACAACCAAACGUGGAACCAGCAGCAUCAAGGGCCUUACACGAAUCAGAGAACUCCUCCGGUCAUCCCUACAUUAAGUAAUGCAACACCAGGCGGAUACCCGACGGAAGUCGCUGUUUCUUCCCAAGAUUCCAGGUGCCGCUAUCAGGUACAAGCGACCAUACUAAAGAACUGCAGUACAGCGAAGUAUUACUUCGACCAUGGAUCGAGUGUCUGCAAGAGUACUUGUAACGCGGAGGCACCAUUCAAAACAGGAUGGGAAUGCAGCUGGAUAUGCAGAAGCGUGAUCAACUGCUUUAUUCAGCGGCCUGCCGUACCGUGCGCUCGUCGUCAAAGAACCACCAUUUACUACUUCGACCUAUUCAAGGGAAUGUGCCUUCCGCAGCAGGGAUGCACAUACAGAGGGAAUAAUUUUCCCACAUUGCAAGAGUGUGAACGCACGUGCGGUGUAUACACAGGGACGAAGCAGGAAGCACAAGUGCGCAGACAGACCGGUUACGUCGUACCAAGCACUAUCCAGCCGUCAAAGCCCUUAAUGGGAGUGCCGAAUGGUGUUACAGAAUAUACAGGUGCCCGACAACCAAGCAAUGCUGUACAAAUUAUUCGAGGCGAUGUAUCAAGUGUUCGGGGAAGUACAGGUGGCACGGGUCCUGCAGAAACGAUCGGAGCAGAAGUAGGGCAUUCUAAUUCUGUAGCGAAUCCGGCUAUAGACAACGCUGCUGGAAGACAACAUAACAAUACGCCAACGGAGUCCGGCGCAGGCCACGGAAUAUCAGCCCCUUAUCCUACUGGUAUUACAAAUACUCCGCUAGAGAACGGAGAAAGAGUGACUCACUCAACUCAUACAACGGACUCGACAACAAGCCACGAACCUGAUUUGCGAAACCCAGUAGGUGUUCCAGGUUCUACAGUAGGCAAUGUGGCAGAAGCAGGACACCACAGAGGUUUGGUGGGUUCUAAAGAAGGCCGCAGAACAGAACACGGACGCUCCUAUGUUGCGUCACAUGCCCCAAAUGGAAACGUAGCACGAGUGGGAGUGAGUUCUGGUGCCACAGGUACUACAGCAUCUAGCCUGACUGGUAAAGUGUACCCACAUGUUAUGGGGCAGUCCACAGGAAGUGGUGCGCCCUUGGCUACAUACCCUCUCGGGCUGACAGAUAAGCAAAUACUGAAAGGAGCAGCAACGGUGCAAGAAAUUUUUUCAGCGAUUCAGGAAUUCAUUGGCGCACUGCCGUUCAAUUCCCUGCGUACAAGGAACUCGCGGCGGACAAGGCGCCAGGACGACAAUAAUGACACAGCACGACACAUGCUCAGAUCGGGGAAUGCUGCGUGAGCUUCUGGGGCGACGCAUAAACAUUGCUCGUGGAGAUUGACCAUCGUCACCUUGUAGCCAAUGUGUACAGCUACGUACGCCUCUCUAAUAUAUGCUCAAACUUUGGCAUAUCACUAAAAAUUCAUGCUUUAAUAAAUGCAUAUGUGCCUUUUUAGAGGUGUUUUUACAAAAUCUUGCCAGAUAAAUAUACCUCCACACGAAGAAAGGGGUAUAAUAAAAUACUUUCGUUUUCGAGA